AUGGGUCGUGAUUUCCGCAUUUCCGUGAGCCACCAGAGCGCGCCCUCCUCCCCGCGCACUCCUAACAGCCACCGCUCGUCCACACCCACCACACACGACCUCUCGUCGCCCUUCAGCGGGAUCGAAGGCCUCGAGCGCGAUGAGCUCCGCGAGGCCGCCUACGAGGUGUUCUUCACAGCGUGCCGCUCCUCUCCUGGCUUCGGAGGCCGCAACGCCCUCUCCUAUUACAACGCCUCCAUCGACACCGCCGACCCGUACGGGGCCUGCCCCGACUCCCCGGGGAAGCAUAACGGCGUCGGAACGGCCGUCACCAGCCGCGUGAAGAGAGCAUUGGGGCUCAAGAUGCUGAAACGCUCGCCCGCGUCGCGGCGGACAAACUCAUGCGGGGCAGUGCCCAUGCCCACGUCCCCUGGCUCGUCCACGCCCGAUCCGUCGAGCCCGAGGUUCGGGUUCUCGGUGCCGCUUGUUUCGAGGACGAGGCGGCCGCGGACUUCGGCGGAGAUUAUGCGGCAGCAAAUGAAAGUGAGUGAGCAGAGCGACAAUAGGCUGCGGAAAACUCUGAUGAGGACUCUUGUUGGCCAAAUGGGGCGGCGUGCAGAGACGAUCAUCCUCCCGUUGGAGCUUCUCCGCCACCUGAAGCCAUCGGAGUUCAGCGACACAGAUGAGUACCACACGUGGCAGAGGCGACAGCUGAAAAUACUAGAGGCAGGACUAGUACUCCACCCAUCCAUCCCCUUAGACAAAAUGGAUGCAUUCGCCAUCAAGUUCAAAGAAAUUCUAGACUCUUCCGACCAGAAGGCGAUUGACACCGGAAAAAACUCCAUUACCAUGCGAGCUCUGUGCAACUGUGUGGUGUCUCUGGCAUGGCGCAGCCCCAACGGAGGCAGCACCGAUGUCUGCCACUGGGCUGACGGAUACCCUCUCAACGUCCACAUCUACACAUCACUGCUCGCUUCCAUCUUCGACUCCAAGGAAGAGACUAUGGUGCUAGACGAAGUCGAUGAGUUGAUCGAGCUCAUCAAGAAGACAUGGUCCACUUUGGGAAUCAACAGAUGCUUCCACAACCUCUGCUUCACAUGGGUUCUAUUCGAGCAAUUCGUCGCGACUGGCCAAGUGGAACCUGAUCUCCUAGCUGCAUCUUAUACCAUGUUGACUGAGGUUGCUAGUGAUGCUAAGAAAUCAGACCGAGAUCCUUACUAUCUCACAAUGCUAGCCCAAGCUCUUAGUUCCAUGAACAAGUGGAUGGAAGCCAGGUUACUCAAUUACCAUGAGAAUUUCAACAAAGAAACAAUUGGCCUAAUGGAGAAUAUGCUUCCUUUACUUUUCUCCCUUAACAAAAUAUUAGAAGAGGAUGUGCCAGCCUACGUUGUUUCCAGCCAAGAUAACGCCGACGAAUUCACUGGAAAUAAAGUUGAUUAUUACAUCCGGUCGUCUCUGAAGAACGCAUUCGACAAGAUGGUAGAAAAUGAAGACGCGACGGAUUUGAUGAGGAACGGCGAGGCAGGGGAGGCAAGCGAGCUGCUGAUGAAGUUAGCUGGGAAAAUAGAAGAGCUGGCCAUGAAGGAGAAGGACACUUUCAGCCCUCUUCUGAAGAGAUGGCACCCGAUCGCCGCUGGGGUUGCUGCAGUGACGCUGCACACCUGCUACGGGGGUUUGCUCAAGCAAUAUUUGGCAGGAAGAUCGCCGCUCUUGAAUGAGACGCUGAUGGUUCUGCAGAGGGCCGGGAAGCUGGAGAAGAACCUGGUGCAGCUGGUGGUUGAGGAUUCAGUGGAGUGCGACGACGGCGGCAGGGCCAUUGUAAGAGAGAUGGUUCUUUAUGAAGUGGAUACCAUCACUUAUAAACAGAUGAAGCAAUGGAUUCAAGACAGACUGUCCAAAGGGAAGGAGAAUGUAUUGGCAGCAAAGCAAACUGAAACAUGGAAUCCCAAGUCGAAACACGAACCUCACGCUUAUUCAGCAGUAGAGGUGGUCUCCUUUACCAAGGAAGCCCUCGAGAAUUUCUUCGACAUUUCCAUCACGAUAACCGAGGCCUCGUUCCAUUUUCUCAUCGAUGCCUUGCAGACCGUCUUACGUGAAUACAUCGCAUUUGUUGCCUCAUGCGGAACAAAGCAAGGCUGCAUGCCUACACUUCCACCACUAACACGCUGCAGCCGCGACUCAAAGUUCGCGAAGCUCUGGAAAAGGGCAGCUUGUAGCGUUGGAGUGGAAGAUCUGAACCAGAUUCUGUCUGGGGGAGAUAGAAGCCAUCACCGGCCAACGACAAGCCGCGGAACGCAACGACUAUACAUAAGGCUUAACACAUUGCACUACCUAGUCUCCCAACUGCAAAGCUUGGACAAAUCAGUGUCCAUGUCGCCCAAAGUCCACCGAUCCUCGAACAGAAAACCGUCAUCCACCUCCUCCUCCUACUUCGAACCUAGUUUAUCCAUGUUACGAAUCGCCUGCCACCAUGUCUCUGAGGUGGCUGCGUACCGCCUCAUAUUCAUCGACUCCAACUCGGUUCUGCACAGCAGCCUGUACGUGGGUGGGGUGGGCAACAUGCGCAUCAAUUCGGCGCUGAGAGUUCUGAAGCAGAACCUGACUCUCCUGUGCGCCAUAGUGAGCGAGAGAGCGCAGCCGAUGGCGCUCAAGGAAGUGAUGAGGGCAUGCUUUGAGUUGUUUAUGAGGGUGCUUCUAGCCGGCGGAAACAACAGGAUGUUCUGCCAGCUAGAUCACCCUGCCAUAGAGGAGGAUUUCGACCUCCUCAAGUCGUUAUUCAGCACGUUCCUGAGCGCGGACGAGGUGGUGGAGAGGGAGGCUGAGGUGGUGCAAGGGGUGUUGGCGCUCAUGGGGCAGUCCACGGAGCAAUUGAUCGAGGAUUUCAACAGCGUUGCAACGGAGCCGUGUGGAGAAGACCGUAAGAUCCCCAUACCGCCUACCACAGCAAACUGGAGCCGAUCUGAUGCCAACACCAUAUUGAGGGUGCUCUGUGCUAGGAAAGAUCGAUCUGCCAAUCAUUUUCUCAAGAAAACAUUUCACAUGGCUAAGAGGGGGACUGGCGUUAGGGCUGUUUGAGAUCUAAAUCAAAUAAACACACAAAUAUAGAGGAGGAACAUAUGUGUAAAUAAGAUUUGUUUUAUUUGUAUCCAUUUUUGUAGAUGUCCUCAUAAA